AUGGGCAACUGCGUGUCCGCCCCAUCCUCAUCAUCAUCGCCCUCUGACAUCCCCCCUCCCCGCCGCCCAGCACUCUCCACCGACGGAUCCUCCAACCCCAGCCCGAGCCCGUCCUCCCAAGGGCCGCAAACACCGAAAAAGGGCAAAGGACGCGCGCUGUCACAUCGGUCUGGUCUGUCGACAUCGUCCAUCAUGGCUUCCCAUCCCCUGCUCGCCCUGCGUCACUACGCGACGCUCUCGAACCCACAAACAUCCCUCCCUGCAAACAAGCUGCUGUUUGCCAACUAUAACACGAUGGCAGUGUUUGAUGCAUACCCAAAGGCAAGGUAUCAUCUCUUGGUAUUGCCGCGGUACCCAUUCUCCUCCCAAUCCGAUCCUGACGGGGACGAGUCUAUCGUGCCGCUCGAAGCACUCGACGAUCUCAAGAGCUUGCUGCUCAAGGGCGGAGAGUAUGGACGGGAGGAAGUGCUGCGCGCGAUGGAGGAGACGGCGAGAGAGGUCGAGGAGAUGAUCAGGGAUGAGAUGCUCAAGACGGAAGGGUUUGCUUGGCGAGUCGAUGUCGGCUUCCAUGCUGUCCCAUCCAUGAAGCAUGUGCAUCUCCACGUCAUUUCCGACGACCGUAUCUCGCCGUCCCUCAAAUCCAAAAAGCACUACAACUCUUUCCGCCCGGAUCUCGGCUUCUUCAUUCCCAUCAUGGAGGUCCGGAGAUGGCUGCAAAACGAACAAACAUUACAGGAGCGUGUUGAUGCGUUGGCCGCGACGACCUCGCUCCUCAAAACCCCACUCACCUGCUUUAAAUGCGACGAGCCAAUGAACAAUAUCGAAAAGCUCAAGACGCACUUUGAAAAAGAGUUCAACAAAGAACGAAAAGAUGCCCUGCGUUAUAUCACCCGGUACGGGCAUCAGAAGGGGAGUGACGACGAUAUCUUUUAG